CUGUUUUUGGGUGCCAAUGUUUUCCGUGGUUACGUCCCUAUACCACUCAUAAAUUAGAACCACGCUCCAAACCAUGUGUCUUCCUGGGAUAUUGUGACCAACAAAGUGCCUAUCGUUGUCUUGAUCUUACCACCAACCGUAUCUUUGUCAGCAGACAUGUUGUGUUUGAUGAGUCAAUCUUCCCUUUUUCUACAUCCUCACCACCCGUCUCAAAUAUCACUUCUGAAGUUGAUCACUGGCUUCCGCCUUCUAUGUCUUAUUUUCCCAUUUCAGGUACUCUGGCUGCGGGGGCGUCUCCUCCUACUCAUACCUCGGCUCAACAAUUGACUCUUGACACGUCACCCACUACCUCUACUCAAACUGAUAUCCCGCUUUCUCUUCUCCCUAAACCCACACCACCACAAAUUAUUACUUACCAACGCCGAC